AUGGAGACACCUGCAACAGCACCUUCCAUUUCUCCUGUGGAUCACUCAUCUUGGCACUCACCAGAGACUUACCUCUUCGGAGGACUAGGUGCUCUCUUAGGACUCAUUCUUUUGGUUAUCUUUAUCCUGUCAUGCACCUAUUUGAAGUUCAUUGACUACCUUGAAAAUCGCCGUAAUUGUGGCGGCCGUGGCUCUGCCUCCGGUGCCCUUGAGUUAGCACAACCAGUGCUUGAAGAGAAGUAUCUUGUGAUCAUGGCUGGCGAAGACAAGCCAACGUUCUUGGCCACCCCUAUUUCCAGUAGAGCAUCAUAA